CUGCACUUUAAUGGCAGCUAUUGAUGAUUGGAUGAGGAUGGGCCGGUGCAGAUAUGACACACUGAUAAUGCUUAUCACAGAACAACACUUUUAUCACCUAAGCACUAACACAGAGGUGUGUUCCAUAUUUGUCCAAUAAUUUUAGUAUUUUAAGAGUAAGAAAGACUGCACUGAUUAUACAUACAGAUAAGAUAGACAAACAGGCUUAUAUGUACAUGUAUUGGCAUAGUUUGAAAUGUAUAUUUUUGGUUUAGUUUUUUCACUAUCAUACAUUGCACUUGCCAUUCAAAACAACAAAAUAAACAUUGUUGGAUUAUUGUUCAAUUAAUCACUAUGGCCCCAUUGCAUUAUACUGACAGCAUUUUAUCUAUAUUUUUAUAAAUAUAUCUUUGUAAAUAUUCAUUUUUAAAGGUAUUUUAGGGGUUUUUGUAGAGUAACAUAUCUCAAUAUGAAGCUGUGCACUCCUAAUUGAAGCACAACAAAGUAAGACAUUGGUAAAUUAAUAUUUCUUUGUUGACUGUAUGUCACACUGAGAUAUAAAUAUUUGAAUACAUUUUGAAUACAUUUUGUUAUUUUUAGUGUCCUUCUUUGUGCGGCCAAAAAAGCAAACAUUGUUAAAUUAGUACUCUCUCGCAGUGUCACUCAAAAGUAAGCAUUAUUAUUUGUGUAAAAGCAUAUUUGUAUUGAAAUCACAAUAUACUGCAAUGAUGAUUAUGCAUGUAUGCAUGUAAUUAUCCUCAGCUGCUCAUAAAAUACCCUCUGAGAUGCGGUCCCACAUAAUGAUGACGUAGUCGUCUCGGUCCGCCCUGGACUGCUCGUGCCAGAAACCCAAAGCAUGGAGAAACUCAUGUUCAAUGGUAGCGAUGCGGUCACAGUUUUUGCCUAUUGACAAUCGCUGCUUGCCGACUCGCCGGUUGCCCACAGAGGAGAAGCACCUUUUAUAUUGGACGGAGUAUUAGUGUUACAGUACAUACUAGAGUAUUACAAGUGUAUAGGUUUACCCGCUGCCUUUAAAGAUGGAGAUGUAGUUUGAUUCGCCUGUCCAAGGCUUGAAGUCAAUGCAGGUCUUGAGGCGGUACUGCUCAAAGGCCUUCAGGAUUACACCUUUUGCAUUAAUCUCUGCAGAGAAAAAUGAUAAUAAUGGAGAAAAAAGUGUAAAACUACAUGAAAGUUGAAUUCAUUAUAGUACAUCAUGUAUACAUUAGGUACACCUGCACCGUGCAUUAUAAGAACUGUAUCAAAAAUGCGGUCUUUAUAAAGAUAUAAUGCUCUGUUUUGACACUAUUAUUUUAACUGUGGUGCAUUAUACCGAGAGCUGUUUCUAAAGUUAGGGUUAUCUUAUUUUGAGCUAGAUGAUAAACCAACAUUAACAAAUCAAGAGAGUUUUAUUGUCAUGUGCACAGUAAAACAGCAGUUCUACUAUGCAAUGAAAAUCUUAUUCUGUUCAUUCUCCCAAGAAAAGAAAGAAAACAAAUGAAAGAAUAAGAACAUAAGAAACAUAAACACAUAAACAUAUAUACCAAUAAAUUAAGCAACAACAACAGAAGAGACAUUAAUACAAGUAAAUAAUACAAAUAAAUAAAUAAAUAAAGUGCUAUGAGUGUGUGCGUGUGUUGCGUGCGGCAUGUGCGAGUGCUUCGUUGAGGAGCCUGAUGGCCUGUGGGUAAAAGCUGUUUGCCAGCCUUGUGGUCCUGGACUUCAAACUCCUGUAGCGUCUGCCUGACGGUAGGAGUGUGAAUAAUGAGUGUUGUGGAUGUGCACCACCAUAAUAAACAUCUUGUUAAAUUAAUACUUAUCAAACUGAGCAUUAUUACAUUAGUAAAAGUAUAUGUUUUGGUAGAUUGAUGCAGAUGUACCUAAUGUGCAUGCGUCUUUUUCUCACCGAGGUCGUCCUCCAUGUAGUACGGAAUGGUUGUAGGCCACCUGUACUCAUCACCAAUGAUGGAGUUUCUAGAUUGUUUCUGUGCAUUAAAAUAAUGGCAAAAAUGUACAUACUGUAAAUAACACAUAAUAUUUAGAUUAAAAGAGCACAACUUGCCUCGUCGAGCACAAUGUCGCCUUCCACCAGAUUUAACCCUGCCUCUGUAGGGACCAAGAAUAACGAAUCAUUAAAAAUCCAGCACAAUUCAAGAUUAAUAAUUUAUUUUCCUGCAUGCCUUCAUUGAUCUCAAAAAUGUCCCGAUCUCGUCCAUCGUCGACGUCAAAGUCUGCCAAAUGAAAACUCUUUGAAUAAAAGUCAGCAUGUACUUUAUAGCAUCACAUGGCUCUCACCUACCUACCUUGUAGUAUGUCUGUGGGCUAAACCAAAGAGAAGAAGCAUUUCAAGACAAACACAUUUUUUUUUACAUUGAAUUCCAAAUGAUAUAGAUAGACAAGCUCCUGUCUCACCAUGCACAGUGUGGUGCCACACAACAGGUAAAGCGCCAGAAGACGCAGAGAUCUCUCUGCCAUGUCCAACAUGAAAAAGCACUUGUGUUAGUGAUGCUGCAGGUGAAAAGCAUGUUAUUUACAGCCAGGCGCAUGCUGGUAUUUUAAUGACACACACUCAAGAAGUGAAUCAUUGACAUGGUGUGUCAAAGGGGUCACACUUGAUACAACAAUCUUGUUUUCAGUUCUCUGCUAUCUAUCUGCUGAUGCAUCUUUACACAUCCUGUGGCGGCCAUCACAGAUUUGAACACAUCAGAGGGCUCAUUUUAAAAGGCUUCACUUGAAAGACGGCACAGAUUCAUUACAAGCAAAACAAAACAUGUAGUCUCGGGGUGUCCCAAAGCAUGGCCCGGGGAGCCAGUAUUGGCCCGCAGUUUGUUUUUUAUCAUCCCACGGGUUAUUCUACGAACAAUAUAUUUUUAGAAUACAUAGGGCCUGAUCUACUAAGAUCGCUGAAUUGCACACUAAAAAAGUAGAAUCUGCUAUUUGUGGGUGUUUUGCGGGUGAUGUACUAUGAUUGCAUGUGCAAUUUUUAACAGGUGCAAAAGUGGUACCUAAAUGAGGAUUUUGCGUGUGCUACCGUCAGUCACCAAGGAGCGUUUGGGAGAGAACAGUGGCUGUAAACCAUUAAACAACAAAAUUUGCAGUGUAUUUUGAUAUGAUAUUCAUGUGAACAUGCGGAAAAUAUAUAUUUAUAUCGCGUUAUCUACACAUUAGUUUGUACCAACCUCAAACAGUUUCAGGUUUGAUGAAUGACAUUGUAAGUGCUAAAUGAUCACAUUUGCAUCUCCUCCUCCCAGUAUUUUGCACGUUCUGAUAAUCUGUAUUUAUUCUGUAUAGUCAUGAAGGCCAGCACACAAAAUGGAAGGCGUGUGCUGUUUUGCUCAUUUGACAAUCCUCAGUGCACCCUUAUAGUCGAUCAGCUUUGCGUGCGCUGUCAAUUUUGCAAGUGCUUUUAUCCACCUACAUUAGUAGAUCAGGCUUAUAGUUAUUUUUUUGUCUUUUCCAGGAAAAAUGCUAUCCCGGCAAGAUGCUAGAAGUGUCUGGGACAGAGUUUGUGUUAUUUUUUUUCAAUAGGGUGGUAAUGGUUUGCGGCUUAACCCUUGAUGUUUUUACCCUUAGGUCCCAAAACAGUCCCCCAUAAAAGUCUAAUAACCAUAUGCAGCCUACAUUUUUGUCGCUUACACACACACACACACACACUUUGAACCGUAGUCAUGAUUUAUUUUUAUUUUUUAAAUAUUUUUAUGUAUUUAUGGUCUUUUUGUAGAGUCGCACGGUUGAUUAGUGGUUAGCAUGCUGGCCACACAGUCAGGAGAUCGAGGGUUCGAAUCUCUGUGUGGAUUUUGCGUGUUCUCUCGUGUGUGCGUUUCCUGCGGGUUACACUCCUAAGUCUAAUGCAAAAAUGUUUACUUUUUUCUUCACUUUCUCUGCAUCUUUCAAAUAAAAGUGUCUUAAAUGUCAUUAAUUAAUUUAAUUACUUUUUUAUGUAAACUGCAAGCACAAACUAUUCUUGCACAGCUUUGACAUGCACGUGCAUAAACAUGCCAUCCCAUGCAUCUAUAGAAGAGGGCACUCUCCUGAUCAAAAUGUCAGGAUUACUGUACAGUCGUCCUUCGCCAUUUUGCGGCAUCACUUUAUCACAGUUUUUCGAAAAUAAAUUGAUAAAUAAUUUCCCUUUUGUGGUUUAAUAUACACAAAAAAUACAUGUUUAUGCAAAUUUUAUACAUUGUUUUGUUAAAAUGAAUCAUUUUCAAGCAUAAAAAAAUGCAAAAUGAACUGCAAUACAAAUGCAAGGCAUUAAGAAGAUGCAUCCAAAUUGCAAAUGUAGCUGAGGUGGGAGAAUGUCAAUGUUGUGCAAGUCUCAAGUCUUUAAUCUCAAGUGAAGUCUCAAAUAAAGAUGUGCAAGGCCAAGUGAAGUCUCAAGGGAAGACAAGACAGGUCGAGUCAAGUCCCAAGUCAUAAGCACUCUUUAGUCUUCAGCAAAUAAAAUGCAAUUUUAACAAUGUAACAAUCCAUUAAAUGUGACAAAUACAGUGAGUGCAUUUUUAUUUUUAUUUUUUAAUGACACCAGUGCAACAAGACAGUCACAGAAAAAGAGUGCGAGAUUUAGGAUUUAUUCAGUACGCAGAAAUGCAAUCAACACAUUUGUUUUUUGUUCUUAAACCUGAUUGGACGUUAAUAGAGGCAUUCAGUGAGACAGAUUCUGUGGGAAGAAUUUGUUGUCUAACUGGAAAUUAUAUAAUGACGACGACAUUAGUUGAGUCCCUUGAAUGGGGACACAUUUUACUCAACACUCUCACUGAAAAUAUUCUCAAGUCAUCACACUAUAGUCCGAGCCAAGUCCCAAGUCGCUGAUGUCAAAGUCCAAGUUGAGUUGUAAGUCGUUGAUGAAAUUGUGAGGUCGAGUCCAAAGUCAUACUCUCAGUAGGCACAAUAAUAAUAAUAAUCAUUAUAACACGGGCUACUGUAAACCAUGCCAAGCUAAAACUGAACUCUGAUUAUGUCUAUUAUAUUGGGUAAUAUGAGGGUAAAGGGGUGUUAUUUCAUGUAUAGAGGGCUCUAAUAACGUUAAAAAUUGUAUUUAGAAGGUUUUCAACAGGUUUUUUAUGCUCUAACUACGGAAAUAUUCUAUUUAUAAAUAAGGCAUCGUACUUAGCUGAGAUUUAUUUAUUAUUAUUUAUUUAUUACUUAUCAUGGUCAGGUUGGGAACCAAUUAACGGUGAUAAACAAGGGAUUUCUGCAUAUCAGAAAUAGGUGGUUAUAAUGGUAGUCGGUGGACCAAAAUUAGUGGACAAUUUGAGCAUACUUCCUGGAAAUAGGCCCCAAUUCAUGUCACGUCUAUUUGUUUUCCAUCAGCGGUUUUUCUAUGCGUUCUCUUUUCACACUGACACAAGAUUGACACUGUAAAGAUGUUGAUUUGCUUGAAUUUGUAUGCAGACGAAUGAGAAAGAAUGUCUGUAUAAGAAAUAGCUCACAGAGCACGUAGGACACCACACCAAAGGAACCUCAUCAUUUCAGGUCCAUUAACUCCGCCCAACUUCAGAUUUAAGUGAUAUAAAGCAGAGUACCCCAAGUAUCAAUAAGUCAUCAGCAACGUAAAAACAACCACCUCAAUGCCUGCAUGAAUAUGAAGUUUGAUUGUUUGCACUUGCUUUGGCCUACUUAUGCCAGAGAACUGUUUCAAAGACCAUUAUAAAGGUUUAAAAAUAGUAAAAGGCUUAAAGAUCUGCACUUUUUUUUGGAGUUUUGCUCAUCAUCCACAAUCCAUAUGUGAGACAUCGUCAUCGUCUUACUCUUUUCUGUGCGUUCUAAAGAUAGAAAAUCAGAUAAGAAGAGACAGCGCAUUACUGAAGUAAUGAAAAACACUUAUCCAACCUAUAAAGCCUUGUGGAAAAAAAUCCUCCAAAAACCACCGACAAGGCUCCAUUUCGAUACAGUAUGAUGUGACGUGCGUAUUAACCAAGCUACAGCGACAUUAUUAUUUUUAACAUUGUUCUGCCGAUCGAGAUACGCUACUGGCGUUUUGAUACCUUGGCACACCACACCGGCUAGCUACCUGCUUCUCCACACACUCACCCACAGCGCAGCAGCAGUAAUGCUUAAAAGCACCAAAAUACGGCAAGUAUUACAUGUUGUCAUGAAUGUACCUGCUAUGGCAUGGUCACAGCAUGUAUAUAAAACCAUAAAACCUUGUUGGAGGUUUUUGGAGGUGGUUUAAUAGCGAUCUUUGUAGGCGGCAUAGGUGUGUCCCAUUACGUGCAGUAAUGAGCGGGGUCUUUGUACGAAAAGAGACGGCAUCUGUCAAAGAGACAUGGGCAUCUUUGUAUGCCUGCCUGACAAAAGACUCUUCAAGAGGAAUAACGUCACUCUUUUUGACCAUCCAGCAGGUUCCCCUGAUCUAAAUCCAAUUGAGAAUGGAUGUCAAGAGAAGAUUAGAAAAAUGGACAUCAGUUCCAGACAGUGGAUGGAUGCCCUCCGUGAAGUCAUCUUCACCACCUGGAGCAACAUUCCCAGUAGCUUCCUGGAAACACUGGCAUCAAGCAUGCCCAGACCAAUUUUUGAGAUGGGGUUGUUUGAUAAAGACAUUACAUUCCAGUCAAGCAUCCCUGUACCUUUGGACAUAACUGUGGCUGUGGUCUAUUCAGUCUUUGGAGUAUGUUCACUGUUUGGCAACAGCACCUUGCUGUAUGUGUCUUACAAGAAAAAGGAGGUCCUGAAGCCAGCUGAAUACUUCAUCAUCAACUUGGCUGUCAGCGACCUGGGCCUGACUCUGUCUCUCUACCCGAUGGCCAUAUCUUCCAGCUUCUACCACAGGUGGCUGUACGGAAGGACGGCGUGCUCCGUCUACGCCUUCUGCGGCAUGCUGUUUGGCAUCUGCAGCCUGACAACCCUCACCCUGCUCAGCAUGGUGUGCUUUGUCAAAGUGUGUUAUCCCCACUAUGGAAACAGAUUCAACCGAAUUCAUGGUCGCCUUCUCAUCGCCUUUGCUUGGUUCUUCGCACUCUUGUUUGCCUGCUGCCCGCUGGUCCACUGGGGAGAAUACGGCCCUGAACCCUACGGUACGGCCUGCUGUAUUGACUGGCGCCUAUCCAAUCAGCUCCCGGCGGCACGCUCCUACACGGUGGCGCUUUUCUUCUUCUGCUACAUCCUCCCGUUCUGCGUCAUCCUGGCGUCCUACAUGGGGAUUCUGGCCACAGUGCACGCAUCGCACAAAACCAUGGAGCGGCACGCCUCCAGACAGAAGCACAUGAGCAGCAUCCAGGUCAUCAUUGUCAAGCUAAGCGUCGCCGUCUGCAUCGGUUUCUUCAUGGCCUGGAGUCCAUACGCUCUGAUGUCUAUGUGGGCUGCGUUCGGGAACAUCGAGAACAUUCCUCCUCUGGCAUUCGCCAUGCCGGCCAUGUUCGCCAAAUCAUCUACCAUCUACAACCCCAUCAUCUACCUCAUGCUGAGACCCAACUUCCGCAAGGUAAUAUGCAAGGACCUGGGCGCUCUGAAGAGCUGCUUCUGGUCCCGGAGCACAGGAACAUGCUGCUGCUGCCGGCCGAAAAUCAGGGUGAGACUUGGCUUAGUCCCAAAACGGACAGACCAACCGUCUUUGCCUGACUCCUCGACUCAGCCUCCUAUGGUAGUGUUUAAAGGUCACAAGGAUGCGUUUGAAUGCUCCACGCUCUGUCCUCAAGUGUACGGUGUCACUAACCCCGCAGCUUACAGCGAAUCGUUCAAGGAUAGGGACGUUCUCCGACCAGACAAAGAAAAACUCCAAAGCGUGAGCCACAUGAGGUCCCUGCUGUGCCAAAUGUGUGCAAAAAGGACUGCAGAUAGUCUUCAUAUUGAUUUAGAGAUGGUUCCAGGCAAAGCUAAAGUGGCUUGGCCUUGAGUUUUCUCUUUAGUCUGUUUACCAAAACAUAUGGACUGAUUUUGCAGGCUGAUGUAUAAUGUAUAUACCGAUGCAUACAAUAUUGUUCAGGAAUGUACAAUAAACUCCUGAAGCUCUUUACUUAAAUAUUCAAUUCAAUAUAAACAGUACGUUUGUGUAGCCAGUGUGGGGUUAGAGUCCGCUCUAAAAUUGAUCGGUGCCCUCUUUACCGGUGCACUCCCAUUUUAACAGUUUGCCAUAUUUUAACGUUGAUGAAAAAAAAAAAAUCCUGUCCGUUAUUGUCGGAGCAGCACAGCUUCCGGUGUACUUGGCCACACUCGAGCAACAUCGGUGGAACACAUCCUGUAGUUGGCAAAGUCAGGUCUUUAAAACUAAAGCCCACCAGUAAAUAGCACAGUUGCACCACAGGAGGCAACUGGGUCUUCACUUGUGUCUCUCUUGUACAUCCUGUGCUGACAUUCCCUUCCUCGCCGACAUUUAAGUCAGUCUUUUAGCCCUUUGUCCGUACUCACACAAAUACAGCCAUCGAAGGCGCUGUGACAGAGGUCAACUUAGUUGUUGAGUUCAUGUGGAAUCACGAAGUUGUUGAGAAGUUGUCGUUAAAAAACAGUAUAAAAUGAUUGUCAUUUCUAGUAUCAUCAACGUCAGCAUCAUAUUUACCUAUAUACUGUACUGUAUCUAUGUACCGUGUAGAAGACACACAAAUGUAGCAAUUGUCGUCUGUAAUUUAUUGUUGUGAGUUAAUCUGUCAUUAUAAUAAACGCUAAUUAUCGACCUGGGAUUAUCCAUUUACUGUUAAUCAUGCAAUCUUGGCCUUAUAUUUUAUUAUUGAAGCUCUUGGCUUUAUCGGGCAUUCCCAGCAGUGUUGUUUCAUGAUAAUGAUUACUGUUG